CAGUCAUCUGAGCUGCGUUACACUGCCAACACUCAACUUGAGCACCUUCAUGCUCGCUAUACUGGCACUGGCCAUGCCGACCUAACGAAAUACGAAUGGCUUACCCAUCAGCACAGGGAUACACUUGCAUCUAUCGUUGGUCACCCUCCUCUCACUUCAUACCUUGCCAUUGCGGACGGAGAGGCUGUGGGCAGAGUCAAGUUCGAAAUGACGGAGCGCAUGUUGCAACCCUGCGGCCCUCCGCCGCCGAAGGAUGAUUGA